AGAAUGUGUAACACGUCUGUCCCCACCGUAUGCAUGUGACCAGCACACAAGUUAUAUAUAGGAAGGACUGAGGGUGUGAAGAGAAAAAGCAUUGCUUGUCUGGGAAUAACUAAUUCUCACGUAGGGCUGGAGAAGAGAAAGAAAGCCAUAGCUUGGAUUGCUGAGAGGAGCACAAACUCAAGAAGUCUACAAAAGGAAGAGAAUUGGUUGAUCAUACUUGAAAAGUCAUUUUGAGAGGGAGGAUUGUAAUGGAUUACAACACAGAUAUAAUCCGGGACAAUAAUCCUAUGGACAGUUUGGAAAAACAGCUUAUUUGCCCUAUCUGUCUAGAAAUGUUUAAUAAACCUGUGGUGAUCCUACCAUGCCAGCAUAACCUGUGCAGAAAGUGUGCCAAUGAUGUAUUUCAGGUAAAGACACAUACAGAGAAAAUACACUUUUUAAAUGGCUUCUAGUCUGUGCUUUUAUUUGUGUCAUCCAAGCUAUUUAUGUGCUGCCAUUGUAGUUGUAAGGUGUUUUGUGCUCUUUGUGUUGUGUCUUUAUAUUAGAUAUCUAUUUCAUGGUAAUGUAUGCACAUAUAUUGUGCCAGCUAUAUCCUACUGCUGUAAAAUCUAGGUACAUUUUAAAAUGAUGUCUAGAUACAUUCUUAUGUAAAUGACAAAAAGGCAUUAGUUAAUUGUGAAGAAUAUAAGAUUCUCCUCACAUUUGUAAGGCAGUUGAAAUAUUAGCUGUACUAGUCCAGUGAAGCAGAAGUAAAAUAUCAGAUAUUAUAAUACAAAUAAAAUAGACACACAUCAAGUCUGAAGCAUUUGAUAAGGAAAAUCUCCAAAACUACAAAAAAGAAGGAAUUACAAGAUACUAAGAUCAUCAGUUAUUUUGCAUUUGUAAGAAAGAGACUCCUAUAUUCAAAGUUGCAUUAUGAGAACUUAUGAUAUUCUUUAUUUUUUUAAGGCUGGUAACCCAUACUGGCCCACACGAACUUCAGUAUCUGGGGGUCGAUUUCGCUGCCCAACCUGUCGCCAUGAAGUAAUCUUGGACCGUCAUGGCGUGUAUGGCUUACAGAGAAAUCUACUUGUAGAAAACAUAAUAGAUGUAUACAAACAAGAUUAUACCAGGUAAGCUUUAAAAAACUUUUUAGAAGUUAAUAGUGAAAGUUGUGAUUACAAACCUAACAAAAGAUAACCUUUAACAUCAUUAGUAAGCACUAAACAUUAGCCAUAAAAGAUCUUUCUAUAUACCUCUUGACUAAAAUGUCUGUUCUUUCUCUUAUAUUGUCCAUACAUGUGUAACCAGCCGACCUGAGAAAAAGGAAAAUCACCCAAUGUGUGAGAAGCAUGAAGAUGAGAAAAUAAAUAUCUAUUGUUUAAGCUGUGAAGUACCUACUUGCUCAAUGUGCAAAGUGUUUGGUGCUCACAAAGACUGUGAUGUGUCUCCCCUUCAGAGUGUUUAUCAAUCCCAGAAGGUAAGUUUUCUGUAAGGACUAACACAUAUAAAUGAUAAAUUACAAGGACUGUUUUUUAUGAGCACAAACAGCUAAAGCAAACAGUUUAUAUAAUUUGUUCUAUUGACCCUGAUAAGUCUGUAUGCGGCAUUAAUUUGUUAUUAGUCUGAUGUAUUGGUUAAUUAAAGUUGUAAAAAAAAAAAAUACAUAAAUAAAAAGGUAACAAUUAAAAAUCUUGAAGCAGUUAAUAUAUUUAUAGUACCUUGAACUGUACAAAAUAUUCCAUCACAUACAAAAAUAACACCACACAUCCCAAUUUUCCAAUAAAUAAACCCUAAGUUAUUAAAUCUACCCCGGGGAUACCUAGCAAAUACCUAGCCUAUGCAUUCUUAUGUAUAAACCCUAUGGGUUAAACUAAAAACCUGCUCAUGGAUCCAUAUUAGGUAAACGGCAUUAGAUAGAAAAUGAUCUCAGUGACCAAGUGUUAUAUAACUACCUGGUAUACAUUUGCAAAAUGCCUCAAUUUUACUCUUCCCCAUAUCAAAGGGGAAUAUUUAUUACAUUAGGGAGAGCAAUGCGGCUACUAUGUACUAUUAGAGGGCAAUUCUUAAGGUCCUAAUGAAUAUGAUGGGCCUGUUCCUACCAACAGGAACUCACUAAAAUGACCAGGGGACAUGUUUUUCCAUCCUAACCCUGUGGUUAAGAACAAUUGUACUAAGCACUAUUUAAGUUUAGAACAUGAUCAGUUAUUUUUACAAAAUAAAAUGCUCAAAGUACUUUGUAAUUCUCAGCAUGCUUUUAAUUAUAAUGUGACAUACUACUACAUUUGAUACAAGAUGUGAGCUAUAAAUGAGGAAACGAUAAUAAAGUAUAUUUUUGAGCUCAUAAAUAUUUAAACUUUGUAACAAAUUUAUAAAAAAUGACUCACUGACCAACAUACAUAAACAUAAAGGUAUAAUGAAUACACAAUGAUUACCAGUAUUUCAGUAUUAAGCUGCCUGUUUGAUAUCUUCAUGUUAAAAUUCAUAAUGAACCUUUCGAUCAUCAGCAAAUACACUGAACAAAAUUAUAAACGCAACACUUUAGUUUUUGUCCCCAUUUUUCAUUAGCUGAACUCAAAGAUCUAAGACUUUUUCUAUGUACACAAAAGGCCUAUUCUCUUAAAUAUUGUUCACAAAUCUAUCUAAAUCUGUGUUAGUGAGCACUAUUCUUUGCCGAGAUAAUCCAUCCACCACACAGUUAUGGCAUAUCAGGAUGCUGAUUAGACAGUAUGAUUUUUGCAAAAGUGUGCCUUAGGCUGGCCACAAUAAAAGGCCACUUUAAAAUGUUCAGUUUUACUGUAUUGGGAGGGUCCAUGGGGGUCCAAAAACCAGUCAGUAUCUGGUGUGAACCACCAUUUGCCUCACGCAGUGCAACACAUCUCCUUCGCAUAGAGUUGAUCAGGUUGUUGAUUGUGGCCUGUGGAAUGUUGGUCCACUUCUCUAAAUGACUGUGUGAAGUUGCUGGAUAUUGGCAGGACCUGGAACAUGCCGAUCCAGAGCAUCCCAAAUAUGCUCAAUGGUUGACAUGUCCGGUGAGUAUGCUGGCCAUGCAAGAACUGGGAUGUUUUCUGCUUCCAGGAAUUGUGUACAGAUCCUUGCAACAAGGGGCCAUGCAUUAUCAUGCUGCAGUAUGAGGUGAUGGUCGUGGAUGAAUGGCACAAUAAUGGGCCUCAGGAUCUCAUCACGGUAUCUCAGGCAGAUGAGCUUCCCUUAGAUGGUUUCUGACAGUUUGUGCAGAAAUUCUUUGGUUAUGCAAACCGAUUGUUGCAGCAGCUGUCCGGGUGGCUGGUCUCAGACGAUCUUGGAGGUAUAGAUGCUGGGUGUGGAGGUCCUGGGCUGGUGUGGUUACAUGUGGUCUGCGGUUGUGAGGCCGGUUGAAUGUACUGCAUAAUUCUCUGAAAGCCUUUGGAGACGGCUUAUGGUAGAGAAAUAAACAUUCAAUAUACAGACAAUAGCUCUGGUGGACAGUCCUGCAGUCAGCAUGCCAAUUGCACGCGCUCUCAAAACUGGCACACCUUUGCAAUAAUCAUGCUGUCUAAUAAGCAUCUUGAUAUGCCACAUCUGUGUGGUGGAUGGAUUAUCUCGGCAAAGUAGAAGUGCUCACUAACACAGUUUUAGACAGAUUUGUGAACAAUAUUUAAGAGAAUAGGCAUUUUGUGUACAUAGAAAAAGUCUUACAUCUUUGAGUUCAGCUCAUGAAAAAUGGGGGCAAAAACAAAAGUGUUGCGUUUAUGAUUUUCUUCAGUGUAGGAAGUGGGAUAGUCUUGUUUUUGAGUGAGAUGGGUGUAACGGCACCCCGGGCAUAAAAGGGUUAAACCGCCAUUUAGUAGAUCUUCCCUUCCAGAGACACAGGCACAGCUACUGUAGACACCAAUCCACCGAACCGGAGAAGCAUAUGAAUGCCGUAAACAGCUGAACCGGAACCACACGAAUGCUGUAAACAGCCGAAUAGGAAAAACCAUACAAAUAGGUUUACACUCCUAGCAGUCAAACUGGAACAGCAUACAGUAAAUCCCCCAAAAACGAGACAAAGCUCUGUGUUGAGAGUCAAGCAGUGAACAGACAGAGCUGUGGGUUUAUUGUUCUUAUAUACACAUUAGUACCACCCACAGGGUUUUGGAAAACAACCAAUAAACACGUACAAUACACUCAGACACUCCCACACAAAAUCCUCCCCUCUGCCUGUGAUACAAUUACCUUACACAAUGGGCAAUGUAAUUAUCACAGGCAGAGAAAUACAGUUUUUCCACAUUAUUUAUAACUUUAAAAGUAUGCAUUUUACAUUUUACAUUUUCAGAAUCAGCAUACUCCAAUUACAAACAUACAUCAAAAUCAUACAAAUUGGUCCAGUGGUUCAAAAGAUAGAUUCUAGUCCUUUGUGACCAAAUAAAGCAUGGCGUUUCGGCCAAAAAACAGUUCCACAGAGUCUUCUACCCUGGAGAUAAUUGGGAAGUAAUCAAAUUAUCUCCAAGGACAGAGGCAAAACUCCAUUGAACACAUGGCAGCAAAAGACAAUAAAAUACAUAAAAAUAUAUAACCGUGCAGCCAUUGCAUAAAACAGGUACAUAUCCCCAGAUAGCUCAGAUCUAAGCGCACAUUAUUACUGAAGCGUGCCCAGAUCACACACAUACAGUUCAAUUGCCAUGGAGCCAAAGUCUUUCCCAAAGUCUUUCAUUAUUCGAAUGGGCUCCAUGGCAUAGCUAUCUGGGGUAUCACUGUUCAAACAGGGCAAGCACCGAAUGACCCGGCUUUCGAAAAUCAAGCAUUUGAACAUGGGGCCAUAGUCUAAAGGCAGCAGGUGGGCAACCAGGCUCCUCCAAUGUACAGUGGCGAGAUUGGUCUCGUCACAAUGUGCCAUUUUCUUUUCAAUUUAUAUUAAAACUUUAUCAAAUAACCUCAUAAUACAUUUUGGGCAAGGUGAAGCCAAGGCAAAUAUCGCAAAUAAAGAGGAGAAAAGGGAAAAUUGUUUAAUUUCACCUCUUCUCUGUAUGCUUUUUCUAUGAUGAUGGCAAUGUGCAAAAGACAGAGUGUAUAACGAUUGACAGGGAUCUAAAAGUGCUGUGUUCUACAACAAUUAAUAUAUAUUUUGUACACUUCACAAAUACAUAUAUGUUCAAUAGAGGGAUAAUUUAUCAAAAUGUUAAAGAUACUAGGAAGUUACAUGUAUCUAAAACCACUGCCCCAGGAUUGCCACUGUCUCAAUACUAGUGCACCAGUACAGUACUCUCCACUAAUAUUGGCAACCUUGGUAAAUAUAAACAAAGAAUGCUGUAAAAAGUUGUCUUUUCUUUAAGCUUUUGAUCUUCUGUUCACAAAUUACAGAAAAUACUGUGACUGUGCUCUUAUGGAUAUCAAACAAUUGCAAACAGAACACAGGUUUAUCCAAAAAAAAUAGAUCCUUUGUUAAAUAUAUGUGUGGCACCCCUAUGAAUUCAUAGGAGAAAAAUAUAUUUAAAGUAUAUUCCCACUGAUAUUUUGCAUUUUUAGUACAGCUGGGUGACUAUGAACGGCUAAUUGUUCAACUAUGACUUCCUGUUUCACAUUUUUAUAAUUAUGAGGUAACACAAAGGCCAAAUUCCCUUUGUCAUUCAUCACAAUGGGUAAGACCAAUAUAGCUGUGAUGUCCAGCAAAAUGUUGUUGAGCUUCACAAAAUAUGAAGUGGCUGUAAGAAAGCAAAAGCAUUGAAAGUGCCCAUUUUCACCAUCAGGGUAAUAUUUAUAAAAUGUACAUCAAAAUUAACAAGAAAAUGGUUUACUGAUUACAAAAUCAAAGUCCUACCAUGGCCAUCCCAGUCCUCUGAAUUGAACCCCAUAGAAAUCCACCAGCGUUGACCUAGAAAAUUAAAGGAUCUAGAGAUUCUGUAUGGAGGAAUGAUCUUAGAUGCCUUGUCAUGUAUUCUCCAGCCCAUCAGGCAUUAUAGGAGAAGACUCAGAGCUGUUAUCUUGGCACAGGGAGGUAGCACAAAGUAUUGACUAAAAGGCUGCCAAUAAUUGUGACAUACCUAUAUUUAACACAAAAAAAAAUUAAAACAUCUUUUAAACCUGUGUUUGAUAUGAUCAGACAUAUUAUGCCAGAAAUUAUUAAUAUUAAUCUACAAAGUAUUUUGUGGAUUUUCUGAACAAAAGAUCAAACGGUUAAACAAUAAAGACCAUUUUCUUCUUUGCUCAUAUUUACCAUAUUUAUUUAUGGUGACAAUAUUAGUGGAGGACUACAUAUCUGUACUGGUGGUUAUUUUUAGGGAUAGCCCUAGUCAGGUCACUUGUUAUAUUUAGAAAGAGAUGAGACUGCAGUGCGGUCUCACACAUGGCACAGCUGUGUGGGGGCAGGAAAUGUUGGAGAGGGAUAUUUGAUAUGAUCGCUAUUAAAGGAUCUGUUGCGUUAUCCAUCAUCAACUGUAUCAUUAGUUUUCAGUAACUUAAACCAUAUAAAUACUUUUACAAGAAAAAAACAAAAAACAAAACUUGCAUAUUGAAAUAUAAAACACUCAAUAUAAUCCACGAUAUAUAUAUAAUAUAUAUUAGUUCAUCAACAUAUACAUAUGCUAUGCGUUUGAUCAUAAAAAUAGCUUUUUCUCCAGCAAUAGUGGAUAGUGAAAAGCUUUUUUUUUUUGUAUACAGACCUAUUAAAAUGCUUACAUUUGUAACAACAGACAAAUGUCAACCACAUAACAGGAGGUAACAGGAGGGUGUAGGUACUAGGUUAGGUAAUAUUGGCACUAACAUACUUUUCUUUUUAAGGUCUUAGACCACUGUGCUAAAGAACAAGUCUUAGUGGUUUACUCACUCAAUGUGAUUAUUUUCUGCAUGGGACCUUUGUAAUUGUUAGAAAAGUAUAAAUGUCACCUAUUUCAAAUGUUUAAUUUAUAUAUAUAUAUAUAUAUAUAUAUAUAUAUAUAUAUAUAUAUAUAUAUAUAUAUAUAUAUACACAAUACACAAGAUCCAGCGCACUCACCUAUCCACUAAACAGCAACUUCAAUGUUGAAAGAUUUUAUUUGUUUUUUAAAAACACCUAAUCUAGGCAAAAAUAAUGGGGGUUUAGUUACAUUAUAUGAUCAUACAUUGCAUAAGCCUGCCACAACGUCAAUGUACCCCAUCUUUGGCAGGUCCUACACUAACAGCCUAAUGUCUGCUCUUAUGAGAUUAACCUACUUGGGGAAAAAAAUUCCAUCUGGGGCUCUCUGCAGUACAAGGCUAAAUAGGGCCCUGGGAUGAGGCACCUGUGACAGGGAGGGGUGCAAAACCCAGGAGUUGGCUAGACUCCCAAAGAUAUAUAAAAUAGGAGGGGGUUGGCUGCACUCACCUUAACAUGCAUAAAUGGGGGUGCUGCUGGGGGCCAAAUAAUACAAUACACAAGAUCCAGAGCACUCACCUAUCCACUAAACAGCAACUUCAAUGUUGAAAGAUUUUGUUUAUAUAUAUAUAUAUAUAUAUCAGAUGGCAUGUUGUUUGAAAAUGAUUACGAAAUGCUUAUGACAUUUCUAGUUUGGGAAAAUUUUGCACAAGAUAUUAACUAGGAACAUUUUUACUACUAUGACUUUCAAAUACCCAGUUACCCAGUUCAUAUAAUGCAAUGCAAAACCAGUUUGAAAAAAACUUCAUAACGUUAUAACUGCUCAAUGCAUUUUAUCCUGAGUUAUUCAUUGACACCUUCACUACCGAGCAAUUUUUAAGUUGCAAAAAGAUUAGCAUAAUAUUUAUUUGAAGCAAGGUAUGUAUAGCUAGUACAUAAACAUAUUGUAACACAGCAGUUGUGUGAAUACAUUGCGUUGCAGACAAACAUAAAGGGAUACUAUAGUCACCAGAACAACUACAGCUUAUUGUAUUUGUUCUGGUGAGUAGAAUCAUUCCCUUUAGGCUUUUCGCUGUAAACACUUUUAGAGAUGCUUCCUGGGGCAGUCCUGCCUAGUUUGCAGCACUACUAUUCAGUGUCUCCACUCUCUUCGUGCAGACACUGAACUUUCCUCAUGUAGAUGCAUUGAUUCAAUUCAUCUCUAUGAGGAGAUGCUGAUUGGCCGGGGCAGUGUUUGACUUGUGUUGGCUCUGCCCCAAAUCUGCUUCAUUGGCAGUCUCAGCCAAUCCUAUGGGGAAGCAUUGUGAUUGGCUCAGACCAACACUUCUGAUGAUGUCAGCAGACAGAGGCAGUUCACAUGCAAACAGGGGCAGAGGUAGCAGCUGCAGAAUUUAAUACAAGUAAAACUUUACUAUAGUUAGGGAGGCAUAAGGAGAUCGGGGGAGCCAGAUGGUAGUUUUAUGACAAACAUGUAUUCCUGACCAUAUAGUGCUCCACAAUUUUUAUUUUUCACUUAUUCGUUCAAACUUCAUAAAAACAAUUGUGAAAUGAACAGCUAUAGAUAGUAUACAGUGUCCUUUAUCUUGCAAUAUUUCACAAAGAGUCUGAAAUGUUAGGAAACAAGCAAAAAAAUUUGGUUUUCUCACAUAUAGUUGAUGUGACAAAAAUUGGUAAAUACAAAUGGUCAAAAACCUUACUAAUAUGUUUUUGUAAUGUCCCUGAAGCAGUGGCGGAUCCAGAGCCUGAUCUCGGGAGGGGCACUUGUAAAUUAUUUAAAGAAAUAAUCCAGACACAAAAACUACUACAGCUCAGUGUAGUGGUUAUGGUGUCAAUAGUGCCGGGACCCCCUCCUAGAGUAAGCAGUCAAACCGUUUAAGAACAGUUUGACAACUUACCUGAGGUCUGCUGGGAAAUGGGGCGGUAGUAGGGCAUAGGAGCAGUGGUGUGUGUGAGUGGUGCAAUGUGUAAGGGGUGCAGUGUGUGUGUGUGUGAGGGGGACAGUGUGUGAGCAGUGUGUGAAGGUUGUAGUGUGUGAGUAGGGGGGGCAGUGUAUGUCAGGGAUGCAGUGUAUGUGUGGGACAGUAUGUGUGUGUAACAGUUGCAGUGUGUGUGUGGGCAAUGUGUGUGUAUGGGGCGGCAGUGUAUGGGGGCAGUGUGUGUGUAUGGAGGACAGUGUGUGUGUAUGGGGGGCAGUGUGUGUGCAUGGGGGGCAGUAUGUGUGUAUGGGGGGGCAGUAUGUGUGUAUGGGGGGCAUGGGGGGCAGUAUGUGUGUAUGGGGGCAGCAUGUGUAUGGGUGUGUAUGGGGGCAUGUAUGUAUGUGUGUGUAUGGGGGGGCAGCAUGUGUAUGGGGGCAGCAUGUGUGUAUGGGGCAGCAUGGGGGGGCAGUAUGUGUGUAUGGGGGCAGUAUGUGUAUGGGGGGGCAGCAUGUGUAUGGGGGGCAUGUGUGUAUGGGGGCAGUAUGUGUAUGGGGGGGCAGUAUGGGGGCUAUGUGUGUGUGUUAAGGGUAGGGGGGCUUUUUUAAAUAAUAUAUAUCUUUAUUUAUUUAAUUAAUAAAAACCAAAUAUUCUAUGUCCCCCCUCCCUUCUUACCUUUAUUGAGGAGGAGGGGGGACAUAUUUUCAUCCCUGGUGGUCCCAGUGGGAUUCCCUGGUGGUCCCAGUGGUUACAGUGAACUCUAGCCCGUGGUUCCCGGGCUAGAGUUCACUCUCGCGAGAUUUGGAGCGUUGCCGUGGUAACCGCGGCAACGCUCCAAAUCUCGCGAGAGGAGGACCCGGAGGAGCUGCAGACUGAGCUCCCGGGUCCUCCCUUUCACUCCCUCCCCUCCGCCGCCGGCUGUCAGCACAGUGCCUGCGGACCGGGGAGGGAGAUCUCUGAUCUCCCCUCCGGUCCGCAGGCACAUUGCAGGGCUGACAGGGGAGGGAGAGGGAGACCGGCGGAUUUCUCGGGGGGGGGGCAAUUGCCCCGUUGCCCCCCCCCUGGAUCCGCCAGUGCCCUGAAGCAUGACAUGCAGAGCAGCUUACUGAAAAUGUAAACAGUCUGUAAAAAGAAUGUUCACAAUUAAUCAUAAUGUCCAUAUACAGUAAAUACUGUUAAAUCAUAUAUUUCUAAAAUAAUGGCAUGCAAACCUGCUAUAUCAGUCGUUUUAAAUCUGUGAACUGCUAAUGUAAUGUCUAUUCACUCCGAACUGUCCCAUGACUGUAAAAAUAAAAUGAUACAUAUAAAGGAAGACUAUAGUAACCAAAACAAUGCAGCAUUUUUUUCUGUAUAUAUCAUGCCUCUGAAUUCUCACUGCUCAAUUCUCUGUCAUUUAGAAGUUAAAUUACUUUUGUUUCUGUUUAUGGAGCCUUAUCCACACCUCUCAUAGCUGUGACUAACACAUCCGACAUGAAAAAAAGUGGUUUUAAUUGUAAUCAGAUGUUACUUACACAUUCAACUUUUUAUUUCCAACUCUGUAAAUUGAAGUUUAAUUGCAUAGCUAAGGCUCCUGCAGGGUCUAGCAAGUUAAUAACAGAGCAGGAGAUAAGAAAGCCUAGAUUAAAAAGAAUUGGCAGUAAAGAAAGUGUAAACAUUAGAUGACUCUUUACAGAAAAUGUUUUGGAAGGCUAUGUAGGUCACAUGUAGGGAGGUGUGACUAGGGCUGCAUAACCAAAGUAAUUUAACUCCUAACUGGAAGAGAACUGAGCAGUGAGAGUGAAGGGGGAUGAUCUGUACACCAAAUUUGGUUCAUUAAGCUAAAAAUGUUUUGGUGACUAUAGUGUCCCUUUAAACUUCAUGUAAUAUUUGAAAGCAGAGGGUGAGCUGACAUUUUCAUUCGUUAUAUCAGAGACUAGUGGCUUCAGGCAGAGAAAUGCAUUCAUUUACAGCAGGAGUGGUCAAAAGGUAGACCUCCAGAUGUAAAACGACAACUCCCAUGAUGCUUUGCAUGCCUUUAGAAUGCUUUAGAAUGACAAAGCAUUAUGGGAGCUGCAGUUUUACAACAUAUGGGACACCCCUGAUGCACAAGCUGUUAAUCAUAACAAGAAUAUAAAUGAGGGUUAGUGAAGCUGUAUGGAUUACAUUUUUUUACGGCAAAAAAAAAAAACGAAAAGAAAACUUUUUAUACUCUUUUUUGGUAUUGAAGGGGUUAAGGCUUGCCGGGUUACUCACUAAACCAGAAAUUUUCAUAAUAACUCUAAAUAUAAUUUAUGGACUCAAGCAUAUGUGGUAUAAUCAGACCCGUAUAAAGCAAUUCAGCUGGCAUUCAGCUGUCACAUAUGCAACACAUCUGCACGUUUUUAAUUACUGUGACUAGGGAUAAGUUGAAUAAUGUUUCCAAAUCAGCACAUCUCACCUACAUUUUGCAGUUUUUAAUUCACCUCAAUUUAGUGUUCAGUUGAUGAAACCUACAUACUUUGAUCCAAUUUUAAUUAUCCAUAAACAAUGCCAUAUAUUUCGUAGAUUGACAUAUACAAGAGCUCAGUUUUUCAUUAUAAAGUAGAGCAUGGAACUCUCAAAGGUUAAUGUCAGUAUACUGAACAUGUGCAUGAACAGUUAAAUCUGGACAGGCUUUCUAAUAAAUAAAUAAUACAAUAGAUAUUAUCAUACUUGACAGUUCAUUAAAAUGUUUUCUUCUUCUGACAUGGAUUUUUCUGUCAUGUAAAAAGACUCUUUCUUGGAUUUUUAUUGAAUAAGUUUCCCAUUGUACUUCCUCCUCUCAUAGUAUUUUCAAUCUGCUCAUUUACUGAUAUGUUCUAGUUUCAGCCAAAAGUGUUUUCUACUCAGAUCCACCAGUUUCCUUAUGCUAGUACAUCGUUACUCAGCAAUGCUUCUUAUGAUUUCAGUUCUCUCUUCCUUUGUAUUUCUUGAUGUGAUGUUCUAUCUUUACUUGAUCAUCUUUGAUUCAUCAUUGCUAAUUAAAUUGUAAUCAGAUGUUACUUACACAAUCUAAUAUUCUAUCUCCUUUGCAGACAGAACUCAGUAGUUGUAUAUCGAUGUUGGUAGCUGCCAAUGACAGAAUCCAAUGUAUACUCAGUCAGCUUGAAGAGUCAUGCAAAACUGUACAGGUAUUUAUAUGUGUAAUUACUUAUUUUGCCUCCAUACUUAGUUAAACUAUAAAGGGUCUAUAAUAAAAACAUUGGUGUCUGUCACAAUGAUGUCUAUGGAUCACUGGACCAGUAUUGUAUUUCAUAUUAAUAAAGUAUUUGCAAUACAGAUUAGUGUUUUAGUGGUUAACCCCUAAAACACCAAAUGUUAUUAGUGCAGUGCUAUUGAAAGUGUAAAGUACAACAUGAACUCACCCUUCAAUAAUCAGAGUGGGUUAAGUCAUACAUAAAAAGAAAAGUAUAUAGUGUGAAUCUGUUACACAAUGGGUAAACUAUAGUGGUGAGGGUGAGUGGUAAUAAACUCACAUGGUAAAGAGCCUUUUGAAUAUAGGCUCUAAACUUUGAAGCUGGUAUGCCUUCGGGUGACAUACAACCCCUCUUGUUCUUCUGAAUAUGCAGAUAUACUUUUCUCUGUAUGGUGUAUAUAUAACAGGGGGAUGAAGAGAAGUCUCCUAAGUGCAGUGUGUUGAAGAAUAAUAGUAAACUAAAAACACAUACAUAUAGGAACACUAACCUGGUAAGGAGCCCUCCAAACUGGCUCUGAGUUCAAUCGCUUCUGUGUCAAUUUUGGGUGACACUGCCCCUGUGAUACCCGGUAUAAGGAGUCUGGAUCCUAUCGUAAAGUGCACACAGUGCUCUUUAUUUAGUAAAAUAUAAUUAAAAGUAAAAGUAUAAAAAACUAUUAUAAAAUAAACAACCAAAUGUUCCACAUUUGUUGUAUAAAUUGCUAAAUAACCAAAUCCACCUGCCCCACCCCUCGCAACCAAUAGAAUCUGUUUAUUAUUUACUUACUUGCCAAUAACUUUGUUCAACGCUUUGCUUCCAUGUCCAUCUCUCUCUAUCUUACAUGCAGGACUCAUUAGGACUGCUCUAAUUAUUAUUAUUAAUAUGUUUGGCAUUUAUAUAGUGCCAACUUAUUCCACAGUGCUUUACAAUAUUUCAAAAGGAGGAAAUUUAACAAUAAAUGAGACAAUUACAAAAGUUGACAGGAACAAAAUGUUCCUGAGGGCCUUGAUCUAAUCUAAUACUAUGCUCCAACCUUGUAGAACAGGCUUCCCCAAACUCCGGCCCUCCAGAUGUUGCUGAACUAAACCCCCAUGAUUCUCAGCCUAUUUCAUUCACAGAAUCAUGGGAGUUGUAGUUCAGCAACAUCUGGAGGGCCGGAGUUUGGGUAUAUCACAAUAUUUUUACAUAGGUAUCCUAAUUAAUUACAAUUAGCGGGACCUGCCUGACAACCCAUGCCGAAUUUUAAUUGAAGAUUAUGCUAGCUUUAGUGUACUAAUAAUCUUAAUUUUAAUAAUGACAGGAGGCGAGUAUUUUGCAUAUCUCUCUUUACUAACUCCAUACAGCAGUAAAGAAAUACAUAGAAAAAAGAACCAAUCACAGGAGAGCAGGAUGUACACAAGGCAAUGUGACCUUAUCAUUUCCUCUUUCAGAAAGCGACAACAAGCAGAAGUAAAUAUAUAGCAAACAAUAAAACUAAUAAUAACUCCAAGUUCCCAUGUGUAAAGGAGCAAACUUCCAAAGAAUUCUAUACGAACAACGAAAAAGAGUUCAGGGUUGAGACAAAUCCGAAGGAUAAAAUCUCCAAUAGUUUCUCACAUGAACUGCCAAUUAUCUUCAGAGACGAAUCAUUCUGAAAAGAGAAUGUGUGACAGGUUUAGACAUAGUCACGAACAUGUAACUCCAAUUAAUGUACCACCUAACAUCCCAUUGGAGAAUAUAGUAACUAUAAUCUGAUAACUGAGUAAUUGUAAUGAGAACUCUAAUGAGGAUUCCAUAUUAAUGGAAGUACGAACAUAUCAUAUAAGCACCAAUGUGAGAGGCAAACCUACCUUAGCACCUGAUAUCUGCAAAGCAAACGAAUAGAAAGGGUGGGCAGCGAAGUAGGGGGGGAAAUACUCGCCUCCUGUCAUUAUUAAAAUUAAGAUUAUUAGUACACAAAAGCAAGCAUAAUCUUCAAUUUUACCACAUGACAGGAGGCUUCGUAUUUUGCAUUUUUAACGCUGAGAAAAGAGUAUAGAACUAAAUAAGAGUCCUACAGUGUGCCAAGAGACCCAGUAUUCGGUGUUGUGGGGAGGUCUUCCCCGUUGAGCGCCCACGUAUACACCAUCUAAUGGGAAAUUAUACAAGACCAAGUCUGACCGAUUGUCAGCAGGAUGUUUAGUCCCGUAUAGUGAAAGGAGAACGACCUCCACAACUCAUAAGCUGGAGAGGUAUGACAUUGGGUAGUUGGUAUUCUAGAGGAUCCUAGUCCCUUGGGCGUCCUCAGGUAGUGAUAACGGCUGCAGUUCCGUCUCCAUCCUCACAUAAGGGAUCAAGAUGCAGGACCGAACCAGACAGGUUGGGAAUGUCCAGAUGUAGGGGUAGGGUCUGGGUUCCCAGAUUCUCAAGAGGUCCCCGGCAGCCUGCGAUCGUCCGCUGACCUGCCAAGAAACCUCCAAAGCAGGUCCAGGUCCCCAGGUAGCCGACCCUACUGGAAUAGAAGAUGUGAGUACCCUACGGCUCCGUGAGGAAUUAUUUGUCAUGAAUGUAGCAGGAGAAGAUCCUUGCCUGCUCGAGAAUUACUGUAGACCUUGUAAGCAUGAGAAGCAUAAGUCCUCCAGGGAGGUCCGGUCGGACGGAGCGUGAUCACCAUCGUGCCUCGACUUAUACUGUGACGAGUGGUAAUAUCUAAAUCAGUCGGCCCCUAUAAGAUGUGUCUCCCCCGGGAGACUGGUUGAUCUUCUGUGAAGAAGACGGGGAUCGAAGGAGCCUACAUGUUGUCUGAAAAACGUGAGUUGGUCCAUCGCGGUGGAUGUGAAACCUGACCGCCUAAUCUGUGGUUACCUGCAGUAGGGUGUAGCUGAUAUAGUACUUCUUUAUCAAUCCAUGUAUUGUGAAGUAUAGGACCAAGAAUUCUAGGUAUACAACGUACAGGGUCGCGGUCGUGCCGGGAAGAGUCGUACGAAUAUUUCCAAGUUGUAGAAUAGUCUGCGAAUCCUCUGAGUGAAUAGUCUUCUACAAAAGGUUCCAGCCGGUUCUUGGAUGAACGUGGAUGUUGACGAGUUUUCAGUUCACUGGAGUGAUCUGAAUGAGGUUCUCCCGGAAGAGAGUGUCUCGUCUUCCCCGCCUGUAUUCAUUACUUCUUUCUGUAGUUUAUCAUGGCCCACCAGGCUCCGAGCUACUGGAUUGGGAAGGAGAGGAUGUCCCCUGAAAACUGGGUAAGGUGGUCGAGCGGGAAGCAAGAAACCGUCCUGACGUGUCUUUAGGUCCUGAACGCAAGUCGGUUGACUACGUGAAAGUGGUCUUCCCCAGGAUUGAGUGCCCUUCACCUAGAUGUGGUGAAAUCCUCUGUGGAUGUAGUAGGAGGUAUAUCGAUGGUAUCUGUGCGUACCGUGUUCUCUGACUGGAUGAGAGCACAAUCCGUUUCAUUGUGUGCAAUGCACCAUGCAGACCCCUGCAGGGUGUAGUAGUGUGAAAUUUAUUGUGUGCAAUUUAUUGUCUCAAAGUAUCAAAACAACACCAGCAGGGUGUGUGAUAUUUAGUAGUGUGCACUUAUUGUGUGCAAUUUAUUGUCUCAAACUACCAAAACAACCCCAGCAGGGUGUGUGAUAUGGGGUACCCCAGCAGGGUAUCUGUUGUAGUGUAAAUAAUGCCAGUGGACCCCAGUAGGGUCUGUAUAAAUGACAGUAAUGUGUAAUAACCCCAGCAGGGUAUCCUGUAUCUGUCACUUAGUUUUGUCAAAUUGUCCCAGCAGGGCAAACCACAAUAUUGGGAUUUGUAUAACUGGGCCUCACCCAGGAUCACAGAGGUGGCCACAUGGCUACCUCUAAAAAGCAGCACGGUAAUAGGGGUAGCACCAUAAGCAGGCACAGGGUAAUAAGCUCUUUAGUGCCCAAUAUGGCAUUAACGAGACAAAAAGUGACCAUUAUCAGACAUAGAGUUGUGCUGUAGAUUCCUGAACCCUGAUCCAGGUGAUAUCCCUUCAAAUCUCCCAUCACUGAUAUGUACUUAUACAGUACCAUCUUGAUAGUCUGUGUCCAAGGGUGCUAUCCCUUUAAGGAAUUCAAGGGUGAUAUCCCUUUAAGGAUUUGGUAUCCCUUUUAAGUAGUUCCAGAGUGGUAUGCUUUUAAGGAGUUCCCUAUAAGGGUCCCAGAAUGGUAUCUUUAAGGAAUUUGAGGGUGCUAUCCCUUUAAGGGAUUUUUGGGGGUGUUAUCCCUUUAAGGUUCCAGUACCUCAAACCACUAUACACGAGUACGACUCAAAUCUGUAAAUAAAAGGCCAGUUAGAAUACUUACCUUUGCCUGGAUUUGAACUUGGGGUCCAACGUCCAUGUCAGAGAAUCGUGAGCCCAAGAGCAGCUAGGCUAACUAACAGCCCAGGUAUAUGUUACUCUUGAGCGCCGAAAUUGUGGUGGGCGAGAGUAGCAAAAGGGCCAUCCAUAAUAUUGCGAGAUUAAAGAUGGCCGCCGAGGGUAAAGGAGGGGGAACAUGGUCCCUGGAGUCUCGGUAGACGCGGGAUCAAAGAUUGCCGGCUGCGUCAUGCUCGGGCUACCUCGUGGUCGCCCUACAGACUGCCCUGCACCAAGGUCGUGGAUGUUGGAAAGCAUCCAGCACAUUACCAGGUGUACGGUAUGGGGCAGCCUGAGAGAGCGAGGGCAGUGAGUCCGGCUGUCCCCCUGAGGAUUGUAGAAGGAAGGGGCUGAAUGGAGAGGCCGGAAGAAGGGGUUAAUGCCCGGGAGCCGGUGGGAGCCGACGGGAACCGCGGAAGGGAAGGGGUUAAGCCCCAGCCAGACCCUGAAUCCCCAUGAGAUCCUGGGGGAAGGAGGAAAGCGGGGAAAGAGGGUCCCCAGAUGCCUCAGGUAUAGAAGACCAGGAAAAUCGCCAGAAAAGUCAUGAUACAUAUGGUAUAAAGUACAUCUACCAUAAUUAUACAUAAAACCUAUUAAGUCAAUAAUAACAUUUAUUAAAUCCAUGUUAUAAAAUACAUAUGACAUCUAUUAAAAACAUAUAAAGUACAUAUAAUACUUAUCAAAACAAAGGAUGAAAUGCCUAUAAAACUGAUAAAUUACAAGUGAUAUUAAUCACAAGUAAAGGUAAUGAAAUAAGGAUAACAUUAAAUCUACAUAAUAUCUAUGAAAUAACAUAGAAAAAACACAACUGCACAUAGUACAGAAGCACAGCAAGAACAUACAGUAAAGUAUAUAAAAAUAUAAUACAGAAACAACCUCAAAGAGGCAAUAGAAACAUAAGUAAUGGAGAAGAGUAAUACUCUGACCUGUCUGCUUGAUGGAGCAGUAAAGAAAGAGGAAAUGAUAAGGUCACAUUGCCUUGUGUACAUCCUGCUCUCCUGUGAUUGGUUCUUUUUUCUAUGUGUUUCUUUACUGCUGUAUGGAGUUAGUAAAGAGAGAUAUGCAAAAUACGAAGCCUCCUGUCAUGUGGUAAAAUUUGCUAGCACUAUAUUUAACCCUAUAACUUUCCAAGACAUCAUAAAACCUGUACAUGGGGGGUACUGUUCUACUCGGGAGACUUCGCUAAACACAAAUAUUAGUGUUUCAAAACAGUAAAAUGUACUACAACGAUGAUAUCGCCAGUAAAAGUGAAGUUUUUUGCAUUUUUCACGCACAAACAGCACUUACACGGACGAUAUUAUUGCUGUGAUACUUUUUACUGUUUUGAAACACAAAUAUUUGUGUUCAGCGAAGUCUCCCGAGUACAACAGUACCCUCAUGUACAGGUUUUAUGGUGUUUUCAAAAGUUACAGCGUCAAAUAUAAGGCUUGUGUUUCAUUUUUUUCACAUUAAAAUUCGCCAGAUUGGUUACGUUGCCUUUGAGACCCUAUGGUAGCCCAAGAAUGAAAAUUACCCCUAUGAUGGCAUACCAUUUGCAAUAGUAGACAACCCAAGGUAUUGCAAACAGGGUAUGUCCAGUCUUUUUUAGUAGCCACUUAGUCACAAACACUGGCCAAAAUUGGCGUUUUUUGCAUUUUUCAUACACAAACAAAUACUAACGCUAACUUUGGCCAGUGUUUGUGACCAAAUGGCUACUAAAAAAGACUGGACAUACCCCAUUUGCAAUACCUUGGGUUGUCUACUAUUGCAAAUGAUAUGCCAUUAUGGGUGUAAAUUUCAUUCCUGGGCUACUAUAAAGUCCCAAAGGCAAGGUAACCAAUCUGGCGAAUUUCAAUUUCAAAUGUAACGUGCUAUAUUUGACCUUGUAACUUCCUAAAACGCCAUAACACCUGUACAUAGGGGGUACUGUUUUACACGUGAGACUUUGCUGAAUACAAAUAUGUGUAUUUUAUUGCAGUAAAAGCAAACAGUAUUAUGACAUUGACCAUUAAAAUGUCAUGUAGAACUAAAAAAAAAAAUCUUAUUUUCUCCCAUUUUUUUUCAUAUUAAAUUAUGUUUCAUAGCUAAAUAUUUGAUAUUAAAUGAAAGCCCUGUUUCCCCCGAAUAAAAUGAUAUAUAAUGAGGUUGGGUGUAUUUAACAUGAAAGAGGUGAAUUACAGUUGGACAGACAUGUAGCGCAAAUGCCAGGUUUUGUUUACAUUUUGUUUCGUUCACAACAUGUACAUUUGGCUCAGUCCUUAAGGGGUUAAUCAUACUAUGCCUUCUCACUUUCCCAUAGUAUAUGACAUUUUUUACCAUACCUCCAUAUUUUUGUAGGUUAUAUUGGCCUAAUAUUCAGGUAUGGCUUUAUAAACACAAUGGUGACUAUGACCCUUAUCUCUUUUUUGUUAAUCCUUUAAAGAAAAACUGCCAAAAAAGAAAAGUGUCUGUGAUUGAAGCAUUUGAAGUUUUGAGCAGGAUCUUAGAAGAGACAAAAGCACAUCUUACUCAGAGGAUUUCAAAAGCUGAGGAGGAGAAACUGAAUUUUGUGCGUUCUCUUGUACACAACUACCAAGAACAACUCCAGUCUUCCUCAAAUCUAUUAAAGAAUGCCUUCCAGGCCAUGGAACAUUCUGGAGCUGCUAACUUCCUGCUUGUGAGUCAUUCACGUGUAAAACCUGGUUACUCAAUAAGUUCCACACUUGUUAUGGUUAUUCAAAAAAUCUAAUUUGUUGAAAUCUAAUGCAUUUUUAGAAAUGAUUCACAGCAUUAAACAAACUUUUAAGACCACAUCAGAUUUGACAUGGACUUGAUAUCUUUCUGAAACAAUAAUUUAGUUGAUACUAUACUUAUCAAAUUUAGGCCGGUUAUGUGAUCAUAUGAAAUUCCGAUAUCUGAUCCAUCACUGCCAGAAUUUGGCACCAGUAAAAGGGGAAGGAUGGAUUUGAGUAAAGGUUUUAUUUAUUUUUUACAGAGAAGGUGGGGGAGAGGUUAAGACGGGUGCAAAUAAGAGCUGAGUUACCCAUAAUAGACAAUAAAUCUGUUAAAUUAUGUGGGCUGGAUCCUGGAUCUCUUAUCCAAUAGUGGUGGUCAUCAAAGCCACUCUUUAGUGAGGACUUAGCGCAGAAUACCAAAGUAGUGUCUUCAAUCUCUGGUGUUGGUGAUGCAUCCGACAACGAUAAUUCAGAUUUUCCCACAGCUACAUUUUACCGCUUUCACGGGAGCUAUUUAACUAGGAGUAUGAUGAGGCAAGGGAAUUAGAAGAGGAGAAGAGGACAGGCAGCAGCCCAGUGUUUUCUCCAGCAGCUAGUGUACACUCUCCUCCUGCAUCUUGCCCACCCUAAUUACAUAGUUAGAUAGGCUGAUAAGAAACAUGCGUCCAUCAAAUUCAACCUUUCUCACAUCUGUUUUUGCGGUUGAUCUAAAGCAGAAGUACUUUCCAGUUUUGCUGAGGGACAUCAAUGCUGGUAUCAUGUAAGUAAAUAAAGGAUUAUUAAACCCUUUACAAUAUAGGGAGGAGGGGCUGCGGGGACUGAGGAACACGGUAGUGUUAGGAAUACAUCUUUCCUAUAAGUGACAUGAGGACAGCGGUCAAAUCACUGACGUAGUCAUGGUGCAUUGUGUUUGUGAUCUCUCUUAUCUAGCAUACCUUUUUUUCCUAAUUUUAGAGAUUUUGUCAAAAUGAUGUCAUGUAGGCUGUUCUGCUCUAAUACCUAAUUUUCUUUUCUCUGCAUCAACCCUCUCUAUUGGAAUCUCCUCUUUUAAAGAACUCCAAGCAGUUGAUUAAAACGUAAGUGACAUUUCACAAAUCACACAUAAACAUUAUAUUAAAGAGUAAUGUAAGAACAAUGUUGGGAUACAGCUUUAACAUAUAUAUCAAAUAGCAUGUUAUUCAUAUAGAGCUCGGUGAAACAUCUCAGAGGCACUGAGUGUGCAACUAUGGCCAGUCAAAACAUAGAUUUUACAUUAGUAAAGUGGCAUAUACUUGUCUCGCAUACUUAGGUAUCAUUUGUGUGAUUAGAGAGAGAGAGAAAGGUAAUAUGGUAAAUGCUCAAUACUCUUCUAUGUGCAGGAUAAUGGAAGCAUCUAAAGGCUGUCAGUUGGAAAAAACAGAUCCUGGGUUUGAGAAUAUGGACCAGUUCAUGCUGGAUGUGGAGCAAGUCAGUCAUUUCCUGAAAAGCAUAGAUUUCAGCCCAGGUAAUUAGGCUGAUAUUGAUACCUGUGGGGCUUUUUGGAUUGGGAUUUGUCAGUUUAAAUAAAUAUAUAUAUAUAUAUAUAUAUAGAUAUAGAUAUAUAUAUAUAUAUAUCUAUAUCUAUAUAUAUAUAUAUAUAUAUAUAUAGAUAUAUAUAUAAUUUUGAAAUGACAGGUACCAGAGAUGUCUCAUUAAGCUUUAUUCCACAAACCAGCUAACAUAAACUGGGCCACUUCUUUUCCACCUCUCUGUGCAAGUCUCAGGCCUUAUUCCACAAACUCAUAUCGCUGAACAUUUUCAACAUUUUAUUCAGUAUUCAGCUGAGUACUUUCAAUUUAGGGGUGUGACUUGGGCUCUGACCAAAGUGACUUACUAAAAACAAUUUAUGCAACUAAAACUAAUUUAGAACAUUUAGAGCAUAAUAUAACUUAUUUACACAGACUGAUAUAUAAACACAUUUAUUAUUUAUUAUUAUUAUUUAUUAUAACAUAGUUAUUCAUAUUUUGGCUGAUAGAAUUUGGUUGUCAAAUAUUUCAAUUUGAUACAACAAAUGUUUGCUCUACAUCCACCCUUUUUUCCUCCUAGCAAAUUCCUUUAAAUAACAUGGUCUAUCUCCAAUACUGCUCAAUAGAUCUAAUUUUUCAAACCGGCCAACAGAAACUGAGCCGCUUCAUUUCUACUACGCACUAUCCACCAAACGGCUCACCCUGGUUCCUUUCAACUUUAUAACAUGCUUUUCGAGCUGUUGUCUCAAUUCCCCUUUUCAGCCUCUAAAUUGUAAGCUCAUGGACUAAGUACUUUGUACAAAAAGUGCUUCAGUGUCUAGAUCUCAGCUCAAGGGAAAUAUAGGGUGUAGGAACAGGCCCUAACAUAUUGCAAUGCCAAUGUAGAAUAUUGAGUGACUUGGUGUAUCUUAUGCAGGCUGUGAAGAUGACGAAGACGACAUGGAGGAGUAUGAAGAAACAGAAGAGGAUAGGCCUGAGGGUAAGAACUGACUUCUUUGCAAAAGAAAGGCAUAAUUAACAGGAACAGGCACAUGGCAGCAGUAUUAGGAAUGGACCAUUUGUAGUAUCACAGAUAAUGGGUAAGCUAAAAUUCAUUGUGACUGGUAAUGUGUGCUUUAACUAUUAAUUUGUGUAUUCACAGUGCAUAGAGACCGUGUGAAAACCCCAUAGGAAGGAGGGAGAGUACCGUGUGCUAUUAUCUCAAUGAAAGGCGGAAAAUUAAGAAAAUCACAUGAGCCUGUUUGAAGGAGAGCCUGCAGGCAAAUAACUCAGGACUGCUGCUAUUAAUCAGGGAACCUAUAUUUAGGUCACUGUGAUCAGGGUGUAUAUAUUUGUCAAAUUAAUAUAUAAGCUGAUGGGUGAUGUGACUGAAUUUGGCUAGUUCACAGGUUUCAGGGAAUCCUGUCUGGAGGACAGGAUGAGGGGCUCACCAAUUUGUUAAUCUCAAUCUGUUGUGAUGUAGAUUAAUUCAUUUUUAUUGCACCUAAAUAAAACUGUUUUUAGUGUUGGUAUUUAGACUUUUUAUUUAUAAAUGAGCAUGAUCCCUUGUACAGCGCUACAGAAUUUGCUGGCGUUAUAUAAAUAAUAAAAUAAUAAUAAUAAUGAUGUUAAAGAGUAUAUGUGUACGUCACAAUGUGGGUUAUAUUUAAGAACUGUAUAAAAUGGCUAAGAUAUUUUUUCCAAUCAAGUUUAAUUGAAUUUCGUAGAAGUACAUGAAAGGUGAUGCCCUAAAUCCCACAGGUUUAUUUAAGAUUUAACAAGAAGCUUGCUUAUACGACACGAGUGAGACACAGAAUCUGUCUCUUAUCCAAGAAUUAAAGUUAACAAGCAGAUAAUUUCCUGUUUUGCUUAUUCAAUGCAUCCCAAACUAUAAAAUACCUAACAAGAAACCGCACAAGAAACAAAACAGGUAAACUUAAAGGACCACUAUAGUGCCAGGAAAACAUACUCGUUUUCCUGGCACUAUAGUGCCCUGAGGGUGCCCCCACCCUCAGGGACCCCCUCCCGCCCAGCUCUGGAAAGGGGUUUAAACUUACCUUUUUCCAGCGCUGGGCGGAGAGCUCUCCUCCUUCUCUCCUCCUCCGUUCCACCCCGUCGGCUGGCUGCGCGCGCAUUCAGCCGGUCGCAU